AUGAAGAAGAAGACUCUCGUCAGCGCCCUCGCUCUGGCCGCGCUACCCUCGGCGCUCGCCUUCCGCAACACAUCGCCCUUCUUCCUCUUCUCCACGGCCGACCUGCUAAUCCCAAACAACGACGCCGCCCUCGCCGAGUCAUCAGAAGUCACGGCCGACGUGCUCAAGGCUCUUCAGCACUGUCCCACCAGCUCGUACCUGGUGGUUGAGCAAAAGGGCGUCUCCUCUGCCGACUACGAGCAUGGCCGCGCCGCGCCACAGCUCAGUCGGUAUAUGGCUGGCAAACAUGCCGAAAUCAAGUCAAUCGUAGCCAUAGCAGAUACAGUCGGUCAGGUUGAUGGAGCCGCCAUCGCCGACUAUCUCAUUGCAAACUGCGCCAAGGCCCACAGCAACGACGACACUUGGUUCAGCAGACAAGUGCAUGCCGCACCCCCUACGUCCAAGGCGCUUCGCAUCGAGCAGCUUCAGUCACAUGAUGCCAUGCUCGACGACUUCGUCAUCAACCGUGCAAAGUCUCACGACUACACUGUCAUCUACCUCACCACCCCCCAGACCGAGUCGCAAGCCCACGAAUCAACCAAGCAGUACACAUACGACAUGGACAACUCGUUCCCAGACGCCAUGCAAAUGGAGCUGAAGCGCGACCUUUCUUCCCACCCCAUGCGCGCAAACUCGACCGAGGGAGGCCUUUUCGAGAAGUACCAGUACUUCACCCCGGGAAUCUUCAUGGCCUUUGCUGCAAUCAUUCCGCUUUUCCUCAUCCUGCUGGUCGGUAUCCGAGCCCUCACCAGCCUUGAAGUAUCCUAUUUUGCCUUUAGCAAGGAGAUGGGCCCAAAUGCACAGAAGAAGCAAUAA